AUGCCUCCAAAACGCAAAGUCGCCGCUGCGGCAGCAGUGAAGACACAGACACUCCACUCGUUCUCAACCGUCGGGAAGAACAUACCAAGGCCCGGGAAACUGGUAGGGAAGGCUGGAAGCAUCACAGAGACAAAGAAAAAGGAGCCGACGAAGGAUACCGUCGCCCCUGCUCCUGCUUUCGAGAUUAGGCAGGAUGGCGACGAAGAUGUUGUUGUCAAGCGUGAGGAAACUAAAAAAGUUGACUUGGCAUCACCGGUUGAAUCAGUAAAACCUUCACCGGCCAAAGUUAAGCAGGCCAAAGUUGAACAGGCCAAAGUUGAAUCAACUGAAGUUGCGCCAGCUAAAGCCAAACCAACCAAACCUCAACCCGCAAAAAUUAUCGGUUCUAUAAAGAAGUCAAAAGCCCAGAAGUCGCCGCCCGCGCCCGCUGCCACUCCUGGAGGUGGUAAAAGGAAGCGGACGUUGCUUGAUGACUAUAUCUCUACACCCGCAAAAAAGCGGGAAAUAAAGUCUCUUGAAAGCACGGAUCUCCCUACUCCGCCUGCUACCUCAAGUCCAGCGCUUCCGGAUGAUCCCCCUCCAUCUACAUCAACAACGCCCACCGAACUCCCCUCGGAUUUGGUACUUUUGCAAUCACUCCAUAGUUCUCUUCUCACUGCGCUUCUACUACAUAGAGCCCAUCACAGCAAUAGCAUACAACCACCGGUAUUCUCUGCUAUCAAGUUACAUGUCGAGAGGCUAUGCCGCCGCAAUAUCACACUAGAGGAUGUACGAAGGAUUGUGUACCUUUCACACUACUCUUCUGAAACGAAAGAUUCAGAAGAGCACUUUAAUACAGAAGGCGGAUUGAAGUUGAUUGAUUAUGGCUCAAAUAAGAUCUGUAUCGAUUUUGUUGAGAAGACGAAGGUUCGUAAACUCACAAACACCGAUAUCUUGAAGAAAGACUUCCUAUCACGGACCCACUCCUUCCUCGACGAGUCGAACAAAGCUCAAACCGCCCUUCCUACACCGCCAUCUUCAUUCAUCGAGCCCCUGUCCAAAGACGAAGGCGCUGAGGUCAAGCCCAACGCCGAGGAAAAAGAGACCAACUCUAAGGAGGACGGGGAUAAGCCCAGAACCGAGGAGGAUGAGAUCAAGCCCGAAAUAAGAGAAGAGGGGGAAGAGAGCGAAGAAGGUGAAGAGGGAAACGCCAUUCCAGCCCCUCUCGCCCCAGUCCUCACAAUUCCUCUGGCAAAGAUACAUGCCCAUCACAGAGCCAAAACAAUAUCAAAGGUUCUUCACUCAAAGGGUCAACAGCGCCUCGACGAUCUUCUGAAGCGCAGCAAACCUGCACUCUUAUCAUCCCCCGCCAAAGCCAAAACUGCCGGUGCACCUGUCGCCCGUGGCGACUCCCUGCUAUCGCGUAUUCGUGCCAAAGCUGAAGCCGCUGCUAUUGAGGCAGCCAAAGCACCUACAAAGGAGGAGCAGGAGCGUGAUGCAGCCCGUCAACGUAUUCCUGACAUUGAGCCAAUUCUAAAGGGGCUUGCUGGCAGAGGAAGCAAUAUGACGAUGAAGUCGGUAGUGGAGGGAAUCAGGGAAAGCGUUAGGAAUCCCGUUAGUUCUGAGCAGGCGGAGAUGGCAGUUAGGCUUAUUGCGGAGAGGGAAGGGGUAGAUGGUUGGGUAAAGGUUCGACAAGCGGGAAAGGUUGUUGGGGUGGUAUUUGGGAAGAGGAGGGAAGAUGGAGAGUUUCUGUAA